AUGGGCCCUCAUGCACACCAACUCAGGUCCGUGAAGCUGCUUCAUCUCCUUGCUUCCAGUGUUGGAUGUUUGCUGCCAUGUGAAGACUGUUGCAUGCUGGAUCAGCUUCUGCUUGAAAAUGUUUCACUCUGCUGGACCUCUGCUGCUUCUUCCCCUAGCCAUGCCGUGACAGCAACUCCAAACUACUGGAGCGUUGGACUGUGUUCUCUCCAAACCGUGAAUGAAGCUCUCCAAUUGUGUGUUAUUUCCUUCCAGCUGGUGUGGGUCGUGGCAGCACUUCAAACUUACGUGGAAUCUUCAUUUCUUUCAGCUAUUCCAUAUAAAAUGCGUGCAGCAUUCCAUAAAUUCUUUCUAUGUCUUAAAAAAUUCAGGGAUUCUUCACUCUUCUUUUUCGCUAUCUCUCUCUCUCUCUCCAAUGUUGGAUCCAUCGCUCUCGACCACCGACACACUGAGAAAAAUGCCACUGCUGGCGGCCACUUCUGUGUGCUCCGCCGCUUGAUCUUCGAUGCCGUCAGCUGCGGCGGCACCUCCCGCUACCGCUAUCGCCAGCGUGGCGGCGGCGAAGGAAGCGUUGGUGACUUUAGUUCGGUGGCUAGUCAUGCAGAGAAGGAGGAGAGGUCGGAGAAGAGGUCGGAGAAGCUGUCGGAUCUGCUGAACGCGGCGGAGACGAAAACGGAUGCGGAGGUGGAGAGGAAGGAGGAGGCAUUGGCGGAGCUGAAGCGAGUGGUGAAGGAGUUGCGCGAAGAAGACUUCUCGAUGCGGAGAAUCGCGGCGGAGAGAGUGAGGUCGCUGGCGAAGGAAGAUGCCGAAGCGAGAGCGAAUCUCGCAAUGCUCGGAGCAAUUCCUCCUCUCGUCGGAAUGCUCGAUUCGGAAGACGCUCAUUCGCAAAUCGCUUCGCUCUAUGCUUUGCUCAAUCUCGGAAUCGGCAACGAUGCAAACAAAGCGACUGUAGUGAAAAUCGGCACUGUACACAAGAUGCUGAUGCUGAAACUAAUUGAAUCGAGUGAAUCAAAUUCGUCGGUGGCCGAAGCGAUUGUUGCGAAUUUCCUUGGAUUGAGUGCUUUGGAUUCGAAUAAACCGAUAGUAGGUUCCUCCGGUGCAAUACCGUUCCUUGUUAGCACCCUAAAAAAUUUAGAGGCUAGUAAAACCGUAUCACAAUCCCAAUCGCAAGUGAAGCAAGAUGCUCUGCGCGCUUUGUACAAUCUUUCAAUAUGUCAGAGCAACAUUUCGGUUAUUCUGGAGACUGAUUUGGCUUGGUUUUUAGUGAGCGCGAUAGGGGACAUGGAAGUGAGCGAGAGGAGUCUGGCGAUUCUGAGCAAUUUAGUGUCGACUCCGGAGGGAAGAAAAGCGAUAAAAUUGAUAUAGAAAACUUGCAAAUUGAUAUAGAAAAUAGGUGAAGGACACUAAUACUUUGGUUGAGUUAUUCAUUACGCCAUAACACACACAACACCGCCAAGUAGCUUUAUCUUCUCAGCUUCUUUAUGCUUCAACCAAUAAAUUCAACCAUAUUUCUGUAUCUUUAACGAGGACUUCACCUUUCUCCUCGAUUUGUUAACAUUUGUCUGACUUUUCCCUUCAGAAAUACAAUAUGUCGUGAUGAAUCAAACAUAAAGUCUCGGUAAUACUAGCACAGUUUU